CAAAACCAUCACAUCCACACCGGCGACGGUCGAGUCCGAACAAGACGAUAUACAGCUUUAAGACUGCACCGAACACGCGUUGCUACCGAAAUACUUGCUAAAAUAUUAUAAUCAUCAUGUCUCCUCCGUCCGUCGCGAUGUCAUCCGUUUGCGUAGCCCUGGCCGUUUUCGGUCUCGCCGCUUCCGUGCCCGUGGAACAACAACAACAGCGGCAAGAGGACGGCGCGGGCUCUGCCGGAUUCGGCACGGUCCUGUGGUCGGUGUUGGACGACUGUUUCGGCGACGGCGAAGCGGCCGAACCGGCCACCGUGUGCCUCAAGUCGAAAGCGCUGACGGCCCUUGACCGGGCCCUCGGAAAGUCCUCCGUGACCGUCGCGGACGGCGUGACCCUGGCCGCCAGGGUCGGCAAGUCGCUGGCCGUCGACCCACAAGCCGACCGGGCCGACCGUGCCGCCCUGGACGCCGCCUCAGACGCCGACAGCAAGAACGCUCUGCUGGACGACAUGCUCGCCAACCGAAUGGACAGGCUCAUGUCCACCAGGACCAUCAUGCUGGACGGGGCCAGCCAAGAAGGUCGCAAGAAGAAGGACAAGGCCAUACAACAGGCCAUGAUGAUGGCCGGUAUGAUGGCCGCGGCGGUCAUGGGCCCGAUGGCGUUCAAAAUCCUGGCGCUGAUCGCCGGCAAGGCGCUAUUGCUGAGCAAAAUCGCACUGGUGCUGUCCGGCAUCAUAGCGCUGAAGAAGCUGCUCCAACCGCAACAGGGCGGACACGAAACCGAGUCGGUGUCCCAUCACUACGGCCGGAGCUUGCAGAAACUCGAAGCUCACGACGUGGCGUACUCUGGCCAAAAGCCGCAGUAGACAGCACCUUAUCACGGCACGCGCGUUAUCGCCAUCCUUGGACGCGUCGCAUUUUAAUAUUAUAAUGUAUUUAUCAAUGUGCUACUAUUAAUUUAUUAUUUAUUUUUUUUUUAAUUUAUAAGUCCGACCGCGUUCAGAGUCAAAACCGGUCGGCGAAUGAAAACUGUAUUCGUUCAAGUUUCGCACUUGUCUUUUGAAAACUAUUUUAACCGUUGUAUUAUUAUAUAAAUAAUCAUUAUUUAUUACUGAUGUUUAUGUACAUUAUAAAAACAUAUAUGACGUGAUAAAUGAAAAAAAAAAUCAAAAUGCUUAUGAA